AUAUCUGGAAAUUCGGAGCUGGCAAUCGAACUUAAAUUCCGAUUUAUCGAGCUGAAAAUCGUCAUUAAUCCUCGUCAGGUACCCGAUCUACAUGAAGUGCGACUGGACGACGACGGAGCAUAUAUGGGCACAGCUUUGAGCCUCACAGAAGUUGAUAACUACCUUGUCAAAUACAUGGAAAGUCUACCUGAGGAACGAUGUGGAGUGUUCCGAGCAGUUCAUGAGAUCAUGCAUUGGUUCGCUGGAAAGCACGUAAGGAAUGUGGCUUCAAUCGCGGGAAAUAUCGUCACCGCCUCACCCAUUUCCGAUCUGAAUCCCAUUUGGAUGGCAGCUGGAGCGAAGGUCGUUUUGGAGUCCAAUGAGCGUGGAUUGCGUUCUCCUGUGAUUGACGAGCACUUCUUCCUAGCGUACAGAAGAGCCGCAGUGGAAGCCGACGAAGUCGUGAAAGCAGUUGUCAUCCCUUUCACUAAGAGGAACCAAUAUUUCCGUGUGUACAAGCAAGCACAACGCCGCGAAGACGACAUCGCCAUUGUAACUGGAGCAUUCAAUGCCGUUGUCGACCCGAAAACGCUCAUUGUGGAAGAGAUCCGAAUUUCUUUCGGUGGUAUGGCUCCAACAACGAAGCUCGCCCUGAAUACCAUGAAGCAUUUGGAGGGAAAGAAAUGGAGUCAGCCUUUACUUGAUGAGGGAAUCGAGCUUAUUGCCAAAGAGUUUACGCUACCAGCAGGAGUUCCAGGAGGAAUGGCGCGAUAUCGGCAGGCUCUCACACUUAGCUUCUUCAUGAAGUUCUUCCUUGAAGUCGCUGAGGCUCUGGGUAUCAAAAAUGUUGACAAUAGGCACGAAAUUACAAGGAUCGGUCAAGAUAUACCUGAAGGACUCAUUUCUACUCAACUGUACCAGGAAGUACCAGCAGAUCAGAAAGUGCAUGAUCCCGUUGGCAGAGCAAUCGCCCACGUGUCUGGGAGGAAGCACGUUACUGGAGAAGCGAUCUACUGUGAUGACGUUCAAGUGGCCAACUGUCUUCAUAUGGCAUUUGUAAUGUCCCCAAUCGCCUGCGGCACACUCGAAUCAAAGGAUUUCUCUGAAGCGCUGUCUAUGGAUGGAGUCGUCGGAUACAUCGACGCCGAAGAUGUGCUCAAGGGGAUUCAGAUCGGUCAUCACAAUGAUACGCCAGUUUUCGUGAGGGAUAAGAUAACUUAUCAUGGUCAGCCUGUAGCGGCCAUCAUCGCACAAGACCAUGAAACAGCUCGACGUGCAGCUAAUGCUGUCAAAUUGGAGUACACCAGGGAUAAACCUAUUAUCUCUAUCGAGGAUGCGAUCAAAGCGGAUUCGUACCUCAUGCAGCCGCUUGUCAUACACUCGUCAUUACUAGAAAACGAAACAGUGGUGAAGAAUGACUGGAGCAGUUAUGAUCAUGUCAUCGAAGGAGAAAUAAAUAUGGGUGGACAAGAGCACUUCUAUCUUGAAACGCAACAAUGUGUCGUAAUACCUCAUGAAGACGACGAACUUGAAAUUAUAUCGAGUUCACAGGGAAUAAAUGACGUUCAGAUGGAAGUCUCAAAAUGCCUUGGAAUUCCUGCCCAUAAAAUCAUUGUGAAGGUGAAACGAAUCGGUGGUGGUUUCGGAGGCAAAGAAAAUGCAUGUUCCUUGCUAUCUGUCCCUACGGCGAUUGCUGCGCGGAAGUUCAGAAAACCGGUACGACUAACACUGGAACGGUACGAUGAUAUGGCAAUAAGUGGAACAAGGCAUCCAUUCAAAUUCAACUACAAGGUGGCACUGGAUUCUUCAGGGAAAUUCCGUGACUAUUCUGUGACAGCGUACGGCAACUGUGGUCACACAUUCGAUCUCUCACUCGGUGUUGUACAGCGUGCAAUGGUCCACAUUGACAACGUUUACAAAUUUCCCAAUGCCGAUAUAGAGGGACGAUUAUGUAAAACGAAUCUGGCAUCUAACACAGCAUUCAGAGGUUUUGGUGGUCCACAAGGAAUGUUCUGUACGGAAACGUUGGUGAAACAUAUUGCUGAAGAGCUUAAUUUGGAUCACGACAAGAUUCGUGAGAUUAAUAUGUAUGAAGAAGGUGAUUGCACACCAUUUGGAAUGCACUUACGACAAUGUAAUAUACGAAGAACAUGGUACGAAUGCAAAGAGACCAGCAACUAUGAACAACGACUGAAACUCGUCAGAGAGUUCAACAGAUCGAACAAAUACAGGAAACGAGGUAUCUAUAUAAUGCCAACGCGAUUUGGGAUAGGGUUCGGUCUCAAGCAGUUAAAUCAGGCUGGAGCUCUUGUUUUAAUCUACACUGAUGGUUCUGUGCUUGUCUCUCAUGGUGGUAUGGAAAUGGGUCAAGGACUGCACACAAAAAUUAUGCAGAUAGCAGCUCGAGUUUUGGACAUUCCCAUUGAGUUGGUGCACAUUCACGAUACAGCAACAGAUAAGGUCCCCAACGCUUCCCCAACGGCCGCCUCGGUUGGCAGUGACAUGAAUGGUCUAGCUGUGCAGGACGCUUGCAAUAAACUUCUUCGGCGCUUGGAACCUUUCAAAAAAGCCAACCCCGAAGGCACGUGGAAGGAAUGGGUUCGUCAGGCGUACGUAGAGCGAGUUUCUUUGUCAGCUACUGGAUUCGGAAUAAUUCAUAGUGAGGCGGUGGACUUCUUCAAUGGCAAAGGAGCAGAGCUUUUCGGUUACUGUGUUUAUGGAAGUGCUUGCUGUGAAGUUGAAGUCGACUGCCUGACAGGAGAUCACUAUCUCUUACGUACCGAUAUUGUAAUGGACAUCGGAGACUCGCUAAAUCCAGCUAUAGACAUCGGUCAGAUAGAAGGAGCCUUUGUACAGGGCUAUGGUCUCUUUACCAUGGAGGAAAUCAAAGUGCGACCUGAUGGCGUACGACUAAGCCGAGGACCAGGCGUCUACAAGAUACCAUCAGCAGACGAUGCACCACGACAUUUCAACGUUCGACUUCUAAAAGGAUCAAGUAACCGAAUGGGAAUAUUUUCGUCAAAGGCUGUAGGUGAACCUCCGCUUUUCCUUGGGGCUUGUGCCUUUUUCGCUAUCCGGGAAGCAGUACGGUCAUUCCGCUUAGAGCACGGUCUUAAAGGCUACUUCCGAUUUGACUCUCCAGCCACUCCAGAGCAAAUCCGAUUGGCCUGCGAGGACGAAAUUUUGAGCAAGGUACCGGAGCUUCCACCAAAAGGAACUUAUACGCCUUGGACGGUCACACUGUAA